AUGAACCGCUUCCGAGUCUACGCAACCAAGACGCUCUCGGGCACCGUGGCUUCGCCGCGUACGUUCCACGCGUGCAAGCUCAGCCACGACUUCGGCUCCGCGCCGGCCCCCAAGCCGGCACAACAACAACAAAACAACACCAUCGCAGCCGCAGACAUCGAGUCCGACGUCAAGAAGCUGGCGGCGCUGGUCAAGAGCGCCAGGGCCGCGACCGAGCGGAUCGAGGGGCACGUUGGCGUGCGGGGAUGUAUCGUGGACGACGGCCGCAAGCUCGCGGGCCCGUUGUACAGGGCGAUCGGGUUCGAUGUGAACGUCUUUCAGAAGGUGGACAAGGCGGAUGUGAUCCGCCGGAAGUUGGCCGCGUCGUUUUCGGGCGAGGGUAAGGUCAAGGGCGAGGGCGAGGGCCGCAAGGUGUUGGAGAGGUUGAGGGAGGUGCAGGGGGAGAUGGGGGAGGUGCUUGGGCGGCUGGAGGCGGUGGAGAGAGAGUCGAGGGUGCCGGUUGGAGGGAGGGGGAACUGGAGAGGUGGGAGGUUUCUUGAUCUGGAUUGCUUGUAG